AUGAAAAAAAUAAAAGUAUUAGAACUUUAUAGCGGAAUAGGGGGGUUGCAUUAUAGUUUGAUACAAGCGUUGAUCAAUUAUAUUCAUAAUUGGAAUAAUGAAAAUAUAAGAAAAGAUAUAAAAAGUAUAUUUCAUUUUAUAUCGUUAGAUUUAAAUCAUUUAGCAAAUCAAACCCAUUACCACAAUUUUCAAGAAAAUUGUAUCUAUUUGACUAGUAGAAAAGAUAUUAAAAAAUUUUUUAAAAAAAAGUUUAAAAGUAGUGAAAGUCACGAACAAAAAAUACAAUUUUAUAAUUCUAAAAAACAGAAAGAAAAUAAAAAUAACAUAAGUGAUAAUAAUGAAAAUGAGUUUAAUUACAAUAAAAAUUACAUUAUUCAAACAGAUAUAAAUAAUCUGACUGCUCAAUUUUUCGAUUUUCAUCAAUUUGACAUAUUAUUGAUAUCAAAUCCUUGUCAACCAUAUACAAGACAAAAUAAAAGUUUUAAAAAAAUUGAUUUAAAUGAAAUUAUUUCUAAAAAUAAUAACAUAAGACUCCAAUUUCAUAAAACAAAGGAAGAAACUAAUAAGAAUAGUUAUGAAGAAAGUAAUAAUAAUGUUUAUAAUGAACAUUCAAAAAAUAAUAAUAAGGAUGCUAAUGGUAAUUACGAUGUAUUAGAUAUUAAUAAAAACGAAAAAAAUUUCAUAUAUUGCGAUAAGAAUAUGAGAAAUGGUAAUAAUAUGAAUGAAUGCAUUUAUACAAGUAACUAUAAUGAUUUGAACAACAAUGAUAGUAUGAAAAACCAGAAUUAUCCAAAUGAAAUUUAUGAUAAAUUUAGUACUGAUAAUUUAGAUGUGGAAAAAAUAAUAGGUUCUUUAGAUUUUGAAAAAGAUGAAAGAACUAACAGUUUUAUUCAUAUUUGCAAUUUAUUAAAAAAUACAAAUACACAAAAUUUACCGCAGUAUAUAUUUAUUGAAAAUGUGAAAAAUUUUGAAGUAUCUUUUUCUUUUUUAUAUUUUAUACAUUCUAUUCAAAAAAAUUAUAAUUUUCAAACAUACCAUUUGUCACCUUUACAAUUUGGUAUUCCCAAUGAACGGCUUCGUUUUUACUGUAUAUGUAAAAAAAAAGAUAAUUUAAAUGAUAACAAAGAAAAGAUAAUUUUUGAAAAAAAAGAAAAUACAUUAUAUAGUAAUUCUUUAAUUCCACAAAAAUAUAUUUCAUUUAAAUCUAAUGAAAACUCAAAAAAAAAUGAAAAAAUUACUUUUUAUAUGCCAAGUAUAAUAACAUAUCUAGAUAUUAAUGAAAAAUUUUCCAUAGAUAAUAUGAAAUUUAAAAAUAUAAAUAUGAUUGAUAAUAAUUUAAAUGAAUUUGAAGUAAAGAAAGAUAUUCUUAAAAAGAAAUCAGCAUAUUGCUUUGAUAUUAUAGAUAUCAAUAAAAAAGGAAAUAAAUGCUGUUUUGAUUCCAAUGAGUAUUAUGCUGAAAAAAAUAACUGUAUAAAUAACUUCCAUAACGAGAGAAUGAAAUAUAAAAUAAAUUCUAAAAAAGUGCAUAGUAUGUGUUUUACCUCUAAUUACGGUCGAUAUAUUAUUGGUUCAGGUUCUAUACUAUAUUUUUGCAAAUACAAAAAAAAAAAAAAAAAAAAUAAUAAUAAUAUAAUAACAGAUAAAUUAUAUAAACAAACAUUACACGAAUAUAAUGUAAAAAGUAAAUCGGAGAAUGAAUUAAUAAAUUCUUCUACAAGUGAAGAAUUGAAUAAUUUAUCAAAUGAGAAUUAUUCCAUAGAAGUAUCUUAUAAAAGUGAAUACGAAGAUAAUGAAAUGAGAAAAUAUGAAAAUAAAGUGAGAUAUUUUACACCAACUGAAAUAUGCAGAUUAAUGGGAUUUAAGAUACAUACAGAAAAAUAUAAUUUAAAAAAAAAUGUAAAAAACACCUAUGGAAAUAUAUUUUGGAAUAUUGAUCAUAUAAAUCAUAAAUGUGCAUAUAAUUACAAUAUUCAUUAUUGUGAUGCAAAUAAUACGAAUACGUGUUUAUUAAAUUCAAUAGAAUAUGUAAAGAAUACAAAAAAAGAGAUAGAGGAGGAAAAAAAAUGCUUCUGUCACGAAUUUAAAUUUCCUAACUUCAUAUCAAAUAGACAAAAACUUAAACUAAUUGGGAAUUCUGUUAAUAUUGUUGUUAUAUCUUUAAUUUUACAAACUCAUAAUAUAUUUGAUGAUUUUAAUAUAAAAAAUUUACUACAUUAA